AGACUCUCCGCAAAAAACUCAAGGUAAUUUCCUUCUUUUUUUUUUCUGUGGUUUCCGUAAUCAUGACUAAACAUUACGAAAAAGUAGAAAGAAGAAACAGUAAUAGUUCACAAGGUUCCAAUUCAUCUGUAACAUUAGCGGCCGAUCAACGCAUUCGUCGUAAAGAACAAAAUCGAGCUGCACAACGAGCCUUUAGAGAGCGUAAAGAACGUUACGUGCAAGAAUUACAAGAUAAGAUAAAGCAAAUCGAAGCAGCACAUGCGAUACAAGUAUCUCGACUAGAAGAAGAGAAUUUAAAGUUAAAAAACGAGUUGAGUGAGCUAAAAGAUAGUAAAAGAGAGCAAUCACCAACACCUUCACGUAUACCUUCCUCCGCUGUGGCAUGUAUACGUGAUAAGGAUGGUGUCUCUUUUUGUGAACGUUUAAAAGAGGAAGUAUGCUCAAACGCUUACGAUCGAUUAUUAACAGAGCAAUUAUUUGACGCGCAUGGAUUUUUAAAUGAAACGAUGUCACCCGUGCCGAUUAUAACUUCUACAAAAAAACAGCCUAGUAAAAUUGAUUUCUUUGAUGAAUUAGAACAAUCAUUAAACGCCACUCCGCUAGAAGAACCCACCAACCUUGACCUAAUAUCAUGUUCGGUUGUUUGGAAUCGUAUGGCCAAUCAUCCAUUAUUCGAAAAAUUUGACCAAGAUGCACUGUGUCAUGAAUUGAAAAAGAGAGCUAAAUGUUCAACUACUGGACCCGUUUUUGAAGAAUUCGAAGUUCAAGAAGUGUUACAUUUGAUGGAAGAUCGAGUACGUAACCAAGAGCAGCAACAACAAAUCUAAUACUUUUUCAGUAAAUAAAAUGACCUUUUUUUUUAUUUUUUA